UGCGCCGCGCGAGGCCGUGCGUCGCGGGGGCGGGGCGCGCAGGCGCAGCGGGCGCCCCGGCUCCGGAGCAUAAACAAGAGCGGGGACGUGAUGAGGCGGCGGUUGAUCCUAGGGCGGCGAGUGGCGGCGACCCAGGCGGCUAGCGGGGCCCGGCGCCGACCCUGAGUGCAGCCUGACCCGCCCUCGCGCGCGCGCCCUCCGCGGCCGGGCCCACUCGCCGCGCGCCCAGCCAUGAACCUGGCGAGCCAGAGCGGGGAGGCCGGCGCCGGCCAGCUGCUCUUCGCCAACUUUAACCAGGACAUCACAGAAGUGAAAAGGGCAUCAAGAGCAGCUGGUCUUGGCCGUCGCGCUGUUGUCUGGUCCCUAGCUGUUGGUAGUAAGUCCGGUUAUAAAUUUUUCUCCCUUUCUUCUGUGGAUAAGCUGGAACAGAUCUAUGAAUGCACUGACACGGAAGAUGUGUGCAUCGUAGAGAGAUUGUUCUCCAGCAGCCUAGUGGCCAUCGUGAGCCUUAAAGCACCAAGGAAGCUAAAGGUUUGCCACUUUAAGAAGGGAACUGAGAUCUGCAACUACAGCUACUCCAACACGAUUCUGGCUGUGAAGCUCAACAGGCAGAGGCUGAUAGUGUGCCUGGAGGAGUCCCUGUACAUCCACAACAUUCGGGACAUGAAGGUGCUGCAUACAAUCAGGGAGACGCCUCCAAACCCUGCAGGCCUGUGUGCACUGUCAAUCAACAACGACAACUGCUACUUGGCGUACCCAGGGAGCGCGACCAUCGGAGAGGUGCAGGUCUUCGAUACCAUUAAUUUGAGAGCUGCAAACAUGAUUCCGGCUCAUGACAGUCCUUUAGCGGCAUUGGCCUUUGAUGCAAGCGGAACUAAACUUGCCACGGCUUCAGAGAAGGGGACCGUGAUUAGGGUAUUUUCCAUUCCAGAAGGACAAAAACUCUUUGAGUUUCGGAGAGGAGUGAAGAGGUGUGUGAGCAUCUGCUCCCUGGCCUUCAGCAUGGAUGGCAUGUUCCUCUCCGCCUCCAGCAACACGGAGACCGUGCACAUCUUCAAACUCGAGACUGUGAAAGAAAAACCCCCAGAGGAGCCCACCACCUGGACCGGGUACUUCGGGAAAGUGCUCAUGGCCUCCACCAGCUACCUGCCUUCCCAAGUGACAGAAAUGUUCAACCAGGGCAGAGCCUUCGCCACGGUCCGCCUGCCAUUCUGCGGCCACAAAAACAUCUGCUCGCUAGCCACAAUUCAGAAGAUCCCGCGGUUGUUGGUGGGUGCCUCCGAUGGGUACCUGUACAUGUACAACCUGGACCCCCAGGAGGGCGGCGAGUGCGCCCUGAUGAAGCAGCACCGGCUGGAUGGCAGCCUGGAGACGGCCAAUGAGAUCUUGGACUCUGCCUCUCACGACUGCCCCUUAGUCACUCAGACAUACGGCGCAGCUGCAGCAAAAGCCUACACAGACGACCUGGGUGCUGUGGGUGGCGCCUGCCUGGAGGACGAGGCCAGUGCCCUGCGCCUGGAUGAGGACAGCGAGCACCCGCCCAUGAUUCUUCGGACUGACUGAACUUGACCUGUGACCUCUGACCCGGGGAGCAGAGAACACUGGCUUCACAGAGGACUUUGUGCAUUGCUGCUAUGAACUUUGACCUGAGUCGGGGGAGAGGAUGGCAGAGACUUUAUUUAAAAAAAAAAAAAAAAAAAAGAUUGUAAUGGUAGUCUAACUCCAUAACGCUGAGGACAUACAUCGUUUUCACUUCAGUGGCUUUUAAAUCCUGCUUAUGAAUUUUAGCUUUUUGUUUGUUUGUUUUCUCUUUUUGCCAAAAUUAACUGUUUGGUGAAGCCCGCAAAACCUCCUCGCUUUGCAUGCAUGAACGUGCCAAGCCAGCAUAGGGGAGCUGGAAGCCACUUUCCAGCCACCUGCCGUUGGGUUUUUUAAUAUCUGUACAUAAUGCUGAGUGCAUAAGGAAGCCGUGGCGUUGUGCACAGUGGGUCUGGUUGUCAAGGCCAGUUCUGCAGUGACAGGCCCAGGGGCUGCCCACCAGGUGUGCUGGGCGGACUUCGGCUGGGGCAGGAGCCCUCUCUCCCUGGGGCCCCACCUGGACCAUUUUCCCUCCGUUUUAUUUUGUUAAUUAAAUUCUUUCCAAAUUGGAUCACUCUGGGAUUUCUUCCAUGGUGGACUUUUGUUUCUGAUCUUGUUUUCCAUGUGAAUAUUGGAGGAGAGCGAGGUUCUUUCUGAUACUAAAAACCUUUCUUUCAGGCAGCAAAUGAACUUAAAAGGUUGCCUGGACUCCCUGGAGCAAAGGAAAGCGAUUUUGUUUGUAUAAUUAAAUGAUCUGUUCUUCUACUUUACUCUUCCUGUUGAAAAACUGUGUGGUUUUUUUUGUUUUUUUUUUUUUUUUAAGGAAAGUUUGUAGCUACUCCUAUGCCCAGGAAAGCACAGAAUUCAAGUGUGGUGGCCGUCCGAGCUGUCCUUUCUCUGGCCCUGCUGUCUGCAGGGGCUUCCUACCUGUGUGAGAGGUCGUAGCGGGAGACAGCGACAGAGAGAAGGCGGCUGGGCCACGUCCUUCACAGGGCGACAUGUGCCUUUCUAUUUUCAUCUUAGAAAAUUUCCUCAGCAAACCGAUGAGAGAUUGUGGUUGCAAGCUUCAGUAUUUGCCUCACUUCCCUUUUCCUAUUUACGGAAUUAAAACAACCUCAAGUA